GAGGUGCAUACUUGGUUUUUGGAGCCCCCACAUAAUGAUGCAAUUUGGAAAAUAACAUCAGAUCUCAUCAAAGUCUUGAAUUUCUCAGUUUUAUUAAUGAAAUCCAGGAGACGAUAAGAGAUUGUGAAUUAAUGGCAUUUUAUUAGGCAAAACCCUGAUUCUAACCGUUGCAAUACAUUUAAAAUUUUGAUGAUUAUUAUAUACUAUGAAUGUGUGACGCAUCAAUUCUGGCAACUGUAUCGAUAAAAAUAUUCGUCAUCAUUUGGCUAAUGAUUAAUCAAGGGAAAGUUUUCUAAGUGCUCUAAUUUGUUUUGGUCACCAAGAAAGACAACGACGUUGGCUUGGUGCGGACUGAACAGGACGAGUUCGUAACGAUUCUUUGCCGUAUGAUAGUGGUUUCAAAUAUGAAUAUCUUGGUUAUAGCGCUGCUUUUGGUUUAUGGAAGACUUCGAGUUGUAACUGGAACUAUCCACGUGGAUGAGACCCUCGAAGCAACGUCAUUUCAUACUAGAGGAGUGGACGCAACUCCAGUGGUGCUAGGGGAUCAGGAUUUGUUAACUUUGGGUGAUCGUUUUGCUUCUGGUAUAGCCUCAAGCCUGCCAGAUGAUUUGAUAAAUCCAGCCAGCUCUGCCUACGACUUUGUCACUGAUGUUGUGGAAAACCUGCCAACUGUCUCAUUGGAACCUACAUAUUCCAUAACUCCAACAAGCCACGUUGAACUCUCGUUGACUGGAUCUUCUUCCAAUAUUGUUGGUGAUGAUGCAGAUCUCGGCACAAAUUUGCUUUUUUCAAAUGAUGAUUUAACCCCAUCGAUGCCCCCACCGUCGGAAAAGGUCAUGGAGACAACAUUUCAUGACGAGGACGCAUUGUCAGUCACCAUUGAAAAUCAUGAUGGUAUACUUCUUGAGACCAUCGCAAGCCAAGUUGCGUACAGUACAUCAGGGUUGCAAAGAACAGAGGUUCCAAGAGCAGAUAAAAGCAUCGGAAAACGGUUUCCUUUAGCUGCAGGAAAAGAUAAGGACGGUAUCAAGCCUACAGCCAAGUCAAUGAAAACCCAUGUGUAUCCAACAAAAACUGUCAAAGUUUUACAAAAGACCGUACUGUCGUUGGUUGCUCGGGAAUUUAGACAGAGUGACACUGUAUUUGCUACCGGUUACGUGGUAACAGAAUCACCGACGGUGUCAGCACAUCAAAGUGAAUAUAUUGAAUCAACUGAAGGGAUCUUAAAAAGAAUAGCUAUGGUCACACCCUCACCAAUAGUGACUGGAAAUGAUACACCUAUGUCAAGAUUUACAACGGCACUGGGGCAAACAGCUGAAUUUGAAAGCAUAACUCCAGUGCCUGAUUCUUCUGUUUCAGAAAAGACCAUGGCGAGCACUGGUAUACCAACUGCAAUGCUUCUAACCUUUAAUUCUAACACCACGGCAAUAGACUAUAAGCAGUCCCCCUCAGAUUUACCAAAUACCGGCAAUGUUCUAUCAACGUCUCUGGCAGUUGUUAUUAAUCUCAAUAGAACACUGGCAUUAGAAACAGAUCACCUAAAAACAUCCACUGGAAUUCAGAUGACAACAGCCAGUGAAGCUGAAAUUAUUGCCAAGACAGUUACCAUAUUAACUGAAGAACAAUCAUCUUUUAGCCAUCUGGUUUCUGAUAGGACGACCACUGAAAUGGCAUUGCCAGAUUCUGAACCAGCUGUUUUUGUGACAACCAUACCAUCGAACAUAACCAUGAACUCAGAUGCAUUUUUCACAGCAACAACGCCACUUUCAGAGUUGAUGGACUUCUCAGUUUUUACUAGUGUUGCCACAUCAACAAAAAUGGGUGAAUUGGUACUAACCUUAUCAUCAGUCACGACUUCCGCAACAACACCUCCGUCUCUGGAAGCUACAUCUCUUACUACAGCAGAUUCUGAAGUGGUCGCAACACACACUCUUUUCACAACAGAGCCAACAGCAAACCUAUCUGUGACAGCAGCAUACACUACUGGAGUUGAACAUUCUAUAGCAUCAACAGCAACUCCCUCACCGACACAGUGCAAUCAGAUUCUUUAAUCAUCUCAACUCCCUCACCAAUCACAGUGCAAUCAGAUUCUUUAAUCAUCUCAACUCCCUCACCAAUCACAGUGCAAUCAGAUUCUUUAAUCAUCUCAACUCCCUCACCAAUCACAGUGCAAUCAGAUUCUUUAAUCAUCUCAACUCCCUCACCGACCACAGUGCAAUCAGAUUCUAUAGUCAUCUCAACUCCCUCACCAAUCACAGUGCAAUCAGAUUCUUUAAUCAUCUCAACUCCCUCACCGACCACAAUGCAAUCAGAUUCCAUAAUUGCCUCAGAAACUGGCACCCUUCCUACAGCAACCAUAACGACAGCGCCACCAUCCCCAACGACAGUGAUACCCACCACAGAAGGACCCCCUACCACUCCACCUCCAACAACCACACCGACAAUCACAACAACCAUUGAUCUUUUAAAAGUUCUUCAGCCAACAUGCACAAAGAAUUCAACAGUAAUUCGUUGCCCUAUUGGCUCCGCACUCCUCAUUCAUACGGUUUACUAUGGGGUUUUUCAUGCUCAUCAUUGUGAACCUGGGCACAUCACAAUUCAAAGCCACUUGAGUAUUGGUGAAUUCUGGGAAGAUGUGAGGACCAUCUGCAAUGGCAGGAGAUCUUGCGAGCUGUUUAAUGACCGAGAAGAUUUUUCGUGGGCUUAUUGGAGAAGACUUGGAAUCUUUUCUCAUAUACACGUCAUUUAUGAGUGUUCACAUGACUGGGGGUCCUUGGAAGAAGAAAGCGGCUAGAUCUUGCUGGACAUUCACGCGUUGCUGCUUUGAAGAAAAUCUAUUGUUAUUGUUAGGAUGCGAAGUGCAACUGGAAAGUAUCCUAUACUUGCUGAGGUUUGGAUAUCCAAGUCUACAGUCACUGCAACUUGGUGAAAAAAGAAACUUAGAAACUGAGAAACACUGUACCUAAACGUUCUGCGUUGUUGUGUUGCUGUGCUGUUGUUUUGUUGUGUUGUUGUGUUGUUAUGUUGUUGUAUUGUUUUGUUGUAUUGUUUUGUGUUGAGUUGUGUUGGGUUCAAUGGUAUGUGUUUUUUUGUGUUGUUUUGCUAUUUGCUGCUGUUCUGUUAAUAGAUUCCUGUCGCCUAGUAUGGUUGCUUUUCACACCAAAAAAACUCGAAAUUUAUAUUUGCACAGAUAAAUGCUUGAGAAUCCUGUUGGGUUCGGUUUGCCUUCUGGGUGUCUAGACGUUUCAACUGCUGUGCUGAGCAAAAUCAUCUGUAUCUGUAUGUUUAUAAAAUUUUCACGUGUUUGGA